AUGGACUAUGUUCUGGAACGUAAGCAUAAUCUUGUGGAAAGAUCGAAGAACUUCUCUAGCGUUAAGAAGACGCCUGAGGCUGCAACGCGGAAUGAAGAGGGUGCCAUCAGGAUACUGGCCGAGAAUAUCUAUUCCUUAAAACAUCUCGGCAACGCGCCAAUCAGGUAUGGAGGCACAGGCCCCGAGCUGUUCCGUGCCUUCCAAUCACAACGACGUCGACAACCAAACGUUACGAUUAUCUCUGAGCUCAGCCUUCGGCCAGUUUCAGACCAUCUUGCGACAACACUAGGAAACACCCCGGCUUCAGAAGCUCUCAAGGCAGCUGCCAGGUUUGCAAGGCUACGGCAACAGUUGGCGCUUGCGAGACGCCCGACAGCGCCGACGCCCGUUGCAUACGAGAGAUCAAAUCAUCUGGCGGUGAUCGAACAACAGCGAAGAAUUGUAUUCAAGUUUCGCGAAUGCUUCUCUGAAGUCUCUCGGCUCUCGUGUGAAGGUCGUCGAGGAAGUUCGAGGAUAUCUGGACCGACGUACCCCUGUUGGACUACAAUCUGCAGAUGA